UUCAAACUUCAGGUAUCUGUCCAUCAUGUGCUGUGUUCUCAAGGGCGCAUCUCUUCUUCACGGCAAGCCCUCAACCGGCUGCCGACCGAGCUGGCGUGCUUGCUGGCGGACGUUGAUUUGGUGGCGAGUCCCAGGAGGGCGUUUAUGUAUGAAAAACGGGACUCGGGCGAAUGCUGGGCACUCAAUGGCAACGGCAACCCCUCGGCUGGGUCCCAUGCUUUCCUCUUUUUGUUUCGUGGUAGUGGCAUUCUCGGGCGCCCUUGGCCGGUCUUUGCGCCGUGACGAUUACGGGGACUCAUCUCGAAUGACUCAGGCCCGCCAGCUUGUUUCGUCUCUUUAAGUAUCCAUGAUCUACCCGUCCACCUAGAUCUCCAUUGUCCAUAUAUUCCAUAUCUACCUACCUACCACCUAGGCACCCCUCUUUGUUUCUUGCUGCUUCUCAUCCCAACUUCAACAGGCACUUGUCCGCCAAUUUAUCAAGAAUCUUCCCUGGGCUCCACGAAUAUUACCUAGAGUCUCUCUCCACAAGCUCUAGGUGUCUGGUCCCUCUCAGUUGCAAAUCACAGUACACCUACUGCUCUCGGCCCACUCUACUUGCAGCUUAACUUCCUCCGUCGCACCUAAAGGCCGUUGCAAGGCAUCCAUCAAGCACCUCUUGAUUCAACACCCCGCAUCUCGUCCACCAUGCCUAUGCUUAAGGAUCCCUCCAAGAAGUACAAGAGGUUCCAACCUCUGAACCUCCCAGACCGUCAAUGGCCAGACAAAGUCAUCGAGAAGGCCCCAAGAUGGCUGGCAACAGAUUUGAGAGACGGCAACCAGAGUCUGGUUGACCCCAUGCAGAACGGUGAUCAAAAAUGGCGUUACUUCCAGAUGCUCACCGAGCUCGGCUACAAGGAGAUUGAAGUAUCCUUUCCCUCCGCUUCCCAGACCGAUUUCGACUUCACAAGACGUCUGAUCGAGACCCCGGGCGCCGUACCCGACGAUGUCUGGCUCCAAGUCCUGUCGCCCUGCAGAGAGGACCUCAUUCGCCGCACAGUCGAUUCGCUGAAGGGAGCCAAGAAGGCCAUUGUCCACAUCUAUCUCGCUACCAGCGAAUGUUUCCGGAGGGUUAUCUUUGGAUUCUCGGAAGAUGAGAGCGUGGUUCUUGCUUCCAAGUGUGCGGCUCUGGUACGGUCACUGACCAAGGACGAUCCGUCGCAGUCGGGUACCGAGUGGGCAUUCGAGUUCAGUCCCGAAACUUUCUCGGAUACCAGCCCAGAAUUUGUUGUGAGGAUCUGCGAGGCUGUCAAGGAGGCAUGGGGCCCAACCAAGGAGAACCCCAUCAUUUUCAACCUCCCGGCAACCGUCGAGAUGUCCACCCCCAACGUCUAUGCCGACCAGAUCGAGUACUUCUGCCGCAACAUCUCCGAGCGCGAGAAGAUCUGCGUGUCCCUUCACCCUCACAACGACCGCGGCUGUGCGGUUGCUGCGGCCGAGCUGGCCCAGAUGGCAGGAGCCGACAGAGUAGAGGGGUGCCUGUUUGGCAAUGGGGAGCGGACAGGAAACGUUGAUCUGGUCACUCUUGCCCUCAACCUUUACACACAGGGCGUGACUCCCAACAUCGACUUCUCGGACCUCCAAAAGGUCAUCAAGACAGUGGAGGAGUGCAACAAGAUCGAGGUUCACCCACGUGCGCCGUACGGUGGGUCUCUGGUGGUGUGCGCUUUCAGCGGAUCUCACCAGGAUGCUAUCAAGAAGGGCUUCCAAAUCCGGGAGAAGGAGGGUAAGGAGUACGACGACCACUGGCAGAUUCCUUACCUCCCUCUGGACCCCAAGGAUAUUGGUCGCGACUACCAGGCCGUCAUCCGCGUCAACUCGCAGUCUGGAAAGGGCGGUGCCGCUUGGGUUAUCCAGCAAAACCUGCAUCUGGACCUCCCACGUGGUCUACAAGUCGCUUUCGCCAAGGUCGUACAGGCUAUGGCGGAGCAAAAGGGUCGCGAGCUCCUUCCCACUGAGAUUACUGACCUCUUCCGGGAGACUUACCACCUUGACAAGAACUCCCGCUUCAACAUUGUUGACUACAACAUCAACCCCGACCGUUCCGCCUCUCCCGCACCUCCAGCCCCCGGCAAGACCCAGGAUACUAAGAAUCUGAUGAGAGUCUUCGAGGGUGUCAUUUUGAUUGACGGCAAAGAGUACAAGCUCCGCGGCCGUGGCAACGGUCCGAUCUCCAGUGCCGCAAACGCUCUCCGAACCAUUGGUAUUGACUUGGAUGUCCAGGACUACAAGGAGCAUGCUGUCGGUCGGGGACGGGAAGUCAAGGCGGCAACAUUCAUCGAGUGCGUGGCCCCGGGUGUGGAAGAGAAGGUUUGGGGAGUGGGCAUCCACGAGGAUGUAGUCCAGAGCUCGCUGAUUGCGCUGCUUAGUGCUGCCAGCAACUUUGCCAGCAGCCGCCAUGGGAGCCCUAUUAUUCCCAAGCAGACUCUUACCAAUGGCGGCCUCCAAGUUCCGGACAUGCAGUCCCUGGAGCACAAGGCCGAAUAAGAUGCCAACAAACGGGGCAUGGGCAAAGACUGAGCAACGAGCGAAGACAUGACUUGACACGACAGGCCUUGAUUUUCACAUGAGUUUAUGCAGAGAGGAUGAGAAAAUUUGCUUCAUGACAUCUCCUUGAUCAUCACCCUUUUUCCAACAUUGUUAUCGGCACUUAGUGGUGUUUGUUUGCAGUUAUCUUAGCCGGGGGGUAACAUGGGUGCAUCACGGUUCGAAAAAAAAGGGGCUUUGGGAGUGGUUUACUUAAUACC